UCCCGACGCUGGGUGGUGGCUGCCGGCAGCGCUGCGGCGCUCGGCCGUUGAAACCGACGUGCGGGGAUGAUUCGGGGUUGAACUCAGCGCGCCUGUAAAGGGCUGCUUUACCGCAGCCGGUGUGAUGUAGAUGAAGGGUGCUUUGACGGGAGCCGGGCUGCAGGCAGCGAGGAGUUCAACUUGGUGUGCAGAAUAGUUCAGCAAUGGGGUCCCCGAGGCUUGUGCGCCCGGAUCUUGUUACUUCUCAACCUUCAAUUCAGUUCCAAGGACACCAAGGGCUUAUUAAAAUUCCCAAAGUUGAUCACCCAAAUGAAUCGCAUACAUUUAACUUCUACUUGUCAAAUGUUGGCAAAGAUAACCCUCAGGGAAGCUUUGACUGUGUCCAGCAAACUGCCUCAAGUUCUGGAGCCUCUCAACUGAGUAGCCUGGGACUUAUACAGAAUAAAAUUACAGUAUGUGCAACAAAUGAUUCCUAUCAGAUGACCAAAGAGCGCAUGACCCAAGCAGAAGAGGAAUUACGCAAUCGAAGUGCAAAGGUUAUUAAGCCUGGUGGACCAUAUUUAGGAAGAAGAGUACAGAUAAGAAAAGCACCACAAUGCAUUCCAGAUCCUGUGCCUGAAAGGAAGAGGUCAACACCCAUAAACCCAGCAAAUACAAUACGGAGGACUCAUGCAAACAAUGCUGUUUCUCAGCGACCAUAUAGAGACAGAGUGAUUCACUUACUGGCAUUGAAGACCUACAAGAAACCAGAGUUACUUGCUCGUUUGCAGAGAGAUGGUGUCAACCUGAAGGACAGGAAUUCCCUUACAGCUAUCUUGCAGCAGGUAGCCAACUUGAAUCCCAAGGAUAAUUCUUAUACUCUGAAGGAUUAUUUAUUUAAAGACAUUCAGAAAGACUGGCCUGGAUACAAUGAAGUUGAUAAACAGACAUUGGAGUUAAUACUUUCUAGAAAAGUAAAUUCAUCUCAGAGUACCACCAGCACCAGUCAUUUGGGAUCUCCUGUAACUUCUAGUAAAGAUGCUACAUCAGCUUCUCCUUCCCAGAAACGGCUCUUGGAUUUCAACUUCAUUGAUCCCCUGAUGAACAAAAAGCCGAGGAUCUCCCACCUCUCCAGUCGAAUCCAGCCGUCCUUGAGCAGACCCCCACCUGCCCCCAGCAAGAAGGCAACCCUUACCACUGCAGCACCCGCCCCACCAUCCCUGCCUGCCGCCCACCCGCCUGCCUCCAAUCCGCCCCAGACUGCCAGCUCAAUCUCCCCCAGCACACCUGAGGGGCGUGGGACGCAAGAUCUGCCUCUAGAUAGCAUCAGCCAAAGAGGCAGUAGCGUCUUCAAGCACCAGCAAGAAAAAUAUACCUCUCGGACUCCUUUGGAAACCCCAGCACCCGCCGCUGGUCAGUUGAAACAUCCCACAUCUGCAGGUGAAGAGGAUAUGGUGUGCAAGAAGUCCAUGAAGAAGACCAAAAAGCAUAAGGAGAAGGACCAAAUCAAAAAGCAAGACACUACAAGAGAGCAGAAAGAUGAAGGACUUCUUGAAAGUAAAACAGAUCUUAGAAAAGAGGAGACUGCCAUGACGAAAAGCGCCUCUGGUUUGGAGUCAGAUGAAGGAGUUGAAAAAACGUGCACUGCCUCCACAGAUUCUCCUUCAUCAACAAAUGAACUACCAGACUACUUCAACAGGGAGAAAACAGGAAAAGCAAAAUCUCAACUUGAAUUGAUGCUGGCCACUGUGGUGUUGGACAACAAAAAGGACUUUUUCAGAAAAUACAUAGCUAUAGUCUCGUAUGAGCAACGCCAGAGUUAUAAGGAUGACUUCAAUGCAGAGUAUGACGAAUACAGGAGUUUGCAUGCUCGAAUGGAGAGUAUCGCCAGAAAAUUCAUGAAGCUUGAUGAACAGCGAAAGCAGCUUGUUCCAGGGUCCAAGGAAUAUCAGAUGCUUCAUGAGGAAGUCCUAGAAGAGUAUCGAAAGGUACAGCAGUCUAGUCCCAACUAUCGUGAAGAGAAACACAGAUGUGAAUAUCUCCAUAACAAGCUGUCUCACAUUAAAAGACUUAUAGGUGAAUUUGACCAACAGCAAUCAGAGUUACGGCACUAAUCUUCUGCUUGGACCAGCACAUGUGAAUGAAUGGAAACUUAUUUAUUUAAAAUUCCAUAUGAGUUGCUCUAAGAUUCUAGGAUUGAACUUCUGCAUUACAAAAGUUUUUCAGUAUUAGUAUACUUGAGUUGACUACUUCUGUUGUUGAUGUUGUUUAUAUGCAUAUUUGAAGCUGCUUUCUCUGGUCCCUUUUAUUCUUCAAGACUUAUGUUUGUCCAUUUAAAUCAUUUUAUCAGUAGGUGCUGGGACCCAGUACAUCUACUGUGAAGUUGUGCACAUUUUAAGAAAAUAGUGUAGCGAACUGAAAUACUUUUGGAUAAAUAUAAGGCUAUUUUUCUGACCUUUCUUGUUAACGCAAACUCUUUGCCUUAAAUGGUAGAAGGUUUAGAAAUUUGCACAAAAAAAAACCACAAAAAACAAAAAUAUUGUUUUGGAGGGUUAAAAAGGUGUUGUAUAUAAGUCUAUAUACAGCCUGUCUUUGUUACUAGAGAAACUCAUCACUGCAACUUAAACCCCCCAUCGCAAUGGUUGCCUUAAGGUGUUGGCUUGUGUGUAUUCAGUGUAGUUAAAUUAUUAGCUACACUGCUUCCCGCCUUGCUGAAACACCUGGGAAGCACUACAUGGCCUACCAGUGUCUGAAAGUGUGUGCCUGUUCUGUGUGUAUGCAAAAAUGUGUGGGUGUGAGCAUGCAUGAUGAGGAGGGGAAAAAAAAAAAGAAAAAAAAAAGCUGCUACUCCAACUACUCUAAGUAGGCCAGACAUCGCUCAGGUUAAAACAACUGACGAGUGUUCCUCUAAGUUUUUUCCUAUAAAAUUGCUACUUCUAUUGUGGAAGAUGAGAGCAUUUCCAUUUCAAUAGUUUGUCAGCUUUAUUAAUGUUGGUAAAAUUGAUACUUUACAAAAAAUUAAACAGAUAUAUAGUUUUGGGGCAAAAUUAUAAAACUAAACAUGUAGGCUACCUAUUUAUAUACUGCUAUAAAGUAUUUUUUGAAGAGAGUAAUGCAAAGAAGCUAUUGCCUACAUGAAAUGUAUAUUUAAAAAUUUCUGUCCUGGGUGCCAGGAAUAUAACAAAGAACAGAUGUAUUUAACUAUGAAAUACUGUGAUCACAAAACAGCACAAAUUUUCAUUUCAUGCAGUUUUUAUUUUAUUUUGAUUUAAAUCAUUGCUUGCUUUGUCAUGUGAAAACACGGGUUAUCUGGUCAGAAUGGAGCAAAAUCUUACUUUGUCUUAUGUUUGUCUUUUCAAAAUACAGCCAAUUGAAAAGGGAAGCACUAUGUUUACAAAUAUGAUUUUGGAAUGUUUGCCAAAAUAGUGGUAAUAUCUCUAAUAAACUUUAUCUCCAGCAUUAAAAAUAAAAAAAUAAAACAAAACAAAAUAAAAACAAACAAAAAAAGACCAACAAAAAACAACAACAAAGAAAAACUAAUCCAAACUGUUGUACAUCAUUGUAAACCAGAAAAUGUUUGAAAAUAUGCAUUCAAGUAAAUGGGAAUUUGAAUUUUUGCCUUGAAUAUGUUGGCUCAGAUAUCUUGCUGAGUUCAUCAUGAAGAUGAACUAGCAUGCAGAAGCAUUCCUUUCUGUUGCGUGACUUCUAUGACAUAUUUGAAGCCAAGCUGAUUCUGGAUCCCUUGGCUUAACCUUCACAUUUCAAAUGGCAAUGUGAAGGGAUGACCUCUUGCUUAACAGUAAGAGCAGAAUUCAUCUGGGCUCAAACAUUGAGGCACACGGACAACAGUGCCUAAGUCUCAGUGCAGGAGCUUUUAUCUGUGCUGCAUCUGCAUUGGAUGGCUGGAUUUCAACCCAACUUUCAAUGAAGUUUCUUCUCAGAUUAAAACAAUGGAAAGCUUCUUAUACUGUUUUGGCAGUGCAGUGCUCUUCAUCUAAACUGUUUGUACAGAUCUUACUUCAGCUGCCGUUGUGAGACAUUCAGUAAUGGUAUACAGCUGUCCAAAUGUGUUGUUACUAUUUGUUGUACUACUACUAUGUAAAUGAGAUUAGUGUAGUUAACAAAUUUUUCUCCUCCUUUUAUGUGAAAAGAUUGACUCGUAUUUGCAUGCAUCUUCUGGUUUACUACCUGUGUAUCUGUUGCAGCUGGAGGCUAAUGCUACUUGAGAGGUCCACCACUGUGCAUCACCAUGAGAUCUGACAAGCUACUGUAAAGACCUUAAUUGAAGGUUUUGCUCAUUUGCAUCAAGCAUUUCUUAAGCCUUGCAAGUAUACCAAACAGCCUAUGUAAAUUUAUGGCACUAUUUUGCAAUACAUAUCUCUUGUUGCCCGUGAGCUGUCAUUCCUGUUUGGCAGAUGUGGAAGAACCCACUGACUCUAGGCCUGUGACUUUAUUGCCCUGCCCCAUACAAGUGUCCUGCUUGCUCAGAGGAGCAAGCACUGCAGAUGGCGGCAUGUUGGCUGGGGAUACACUACAACAGGUCUGGAGCAAAUGACUGAUGGAGAGGAGCAGAUGCUCCUUCUCCUGAAAGGAAGCUGGAUCUCACUGCAGUUUCAAACAACAUCGAGACAUGAGUGGGCAUCAGCCCUCUCCAGCUGUCUGGAAAAAGAAAAAUCACAAGUUAUGAGGACUGGUUUCCCAUCUUGUUAUGGUUUGUAGGGGGAAAACAAUGCCCAAAGAAAACUUUUUUGAAAUAGUAGCUAUGCUCUAAACCAUCAUGGGAAGCAGAGCAAUGUUGACUGCUUUCAAGUCUUCAUUUGAUCUUGUCACUAAUCUAAAAGUAAAAAUAUUUGAAAGUGUUUUGUAAAACAUGUACGUAAGUAUUGGAAGCAAAGUUGUUUCAAUAAGUUUUAAACAAGUUGGGUUAAAGUGUUGAUAUUGUAACCUUGUUCGUUUGUUAGCUUUCCUUAAAUAGCGUUGUUACAACCAGUCUUUCUGGAUAUGUUAAUGGUGAUUCAUGUGAAGACUUAUGGCUACUUUAAACUAUGAUUCUUCUCAGAAGUUUUGCACUACUCUGUAUACCUGAAGGGAAAGGGAUAUGGCCAGAAGUAGCCUUCUUCUUGGGAAGGAUAUGGAAUUGUUUAAGGGAGGGCAGCAUCUGGGAAACAUGAAGGCUUACAACAGGACUUUCCUGUGACUUCCCUUUCUGAUUCAGAGUACUGUAAAACUUUUUUUCAAUUGUUUCCAUGCAAACUGUAUUAAAACUGUGUGCGUGAAACUUGGGGCAUUCUGUCAAUGAACAUUUGAGCCAUUGUUGCCCUUCUGUUCUGCAUCAACUUAAGUUCAAUAAAAUGUUCACUUUGCAA